AUGAUUUCAUUUAUGAAAUAUAAUGAAAACGAUGAUGAAAAAUAUAAAUAUGUUUAUGAUGAAGAUUGCUUAGAAUAUUUUACGCCUGAAGAAAAGUACAUUCCAAAAGUUAAAGGUCAUGACGAUAACUCUUCUAAAGUAAAUGAUGAGAACGUAAAAACGGAGUCAUACGUUCCUGGUACAACCUAUCAAGAACUCACCAUCGCGGACGAUCAAGUUUCGUCAGACCAAUCGAACGAUCAUCAUCCAGGAUUCUUUCAAAAGACUUCAACAAAAGUUCUUUUUGGCGGUAAAACUUUUUCUGAUACGUCGUCAUCCAUAUUCCUUGAAGAUCCAACACUCAAUAUAACUACAACCCCACAAAGGGAAAUAAAUAUUAUGAGUCAAUAUAUUUCUUCAACAGGAACUACCACACCGUAUCAGUUUCCGCCUCAAACACCUCAAACGCCUCAAACGCCUCGACGAUCAGAAAGUUCAAUUAGCACGCAAGAAAAAUUAGAAAAAGUGAGUGACUAUUUAACUGCACAGGGUGUAGAUACAACAACUCCUUCUCAGAACAUCCUAGAAGGCACGUCGGAACCUCAAUGGGAAUCUGAACCACAUCAAAUUCCGACACAACAAGGUGCUACCAGUCCUCGUGGAAGGGCUAGUUCCUUAGAGCCUAUUGGAAGAGUUCCUUCACACUCUCAAUCGGGUCGAUCUUCUUCUGAAUCAAAUCGAAGAAUUUCAUCACCUUCACAUGAACCACCAACAGAUUAUCGUAUAAGUCAUGAGAACUUACCGUCGGUUAUACAACAACCACAUGACUAUUUUCCCAUAGGCCGCGUAACAAUUGAAAAUUCGCUUGAACAAGGUUCACAACCACCCGAUACUACCGGACCUAUGAUGCCUCCUACUCCUCUUUCUAGACAUUCUCGACGUGGACGUUCUCGAGGAGCUCACUAG